AUGGUGCUAUCGCGGAAUCUAAGCCGCUCGCUGCGCGCGCGCGAGGACGACUCCGAUGACGAACCAUACUCCGACGAGCUCGAGGCCAGCUCGCCCUCCGUGCUAGCAACCGGCGAUGGUGGAGAGAUUGAAAGCUCAGAACCCGAGUCCGACGGUGACCAGGAUGAGGAUAUGGAUGAUGCCGAGUCAGACAACGGCGGAGACGUCCAGGAACAACUUAGCAAAGUCUCGUUUGGCGCGCUCGCGAAGGCCCAGGAUUCACUCUCGAAGCAGAAGGACAGCAGUAGGAAACGGAAGCGGGGUUCGGAUCAUACAGCGGACCAAGAGGACAAGUUGCAGGCUCUGCGCGAGCGCUUGAGAGAGCUGAAGGAAGCCAAGGCGGCGGGGAGCAACACCAAGAACCCUUCGAAGAAGGCAAAGGCGCCGGAACCCGACGACGAAGGCUCGUCCGAUGAUGACUCGGAAUCGUCCAACUCCGACCAGGAAGAUUCCGGCAAGAAGGCAAAAUCCCGCUCGUCCAAGCAUGCGCCCGCCGUCAUGUCCAGCAAGAGGCCGGUCAGCCGCAAGAGGGAGGUUCUUGCUUCCAAGAAGCGUGCUGCCCGCGACCCGCGCUUCGAUACGCUUUCUGGUCCUCUCGAUUCGAACAAGCUCAAGCACAAUUACGCCUUCCUUGAUCAGUACCGUGACUCCGAAAUGGCUGAAUUGAAGGCAUCCAUCAAGAAGACGAAGAGCGAAGAAGACAAGGAGAUUCUGAAACGGAAGCUAUUGAGCAUGGAAAGUCAGAAGAAGGCCAAGGAGUCUAAGGAGCGACGGGAAAAGGUUAUCCGCGAGCACAAGAAGCAAGAGAAGGAGGCAGUGAAGGAGGGCAAGACGCCGUACUUCUUGAAGAAGUCCGAGGUCAAGAAGCGAGCUCUCGUGGACCAGUUCUCCAACAUGAAGGGCAAGCAGAGAGAAAGACUCAUCGAGAGGAGGCGCAAGAAGGCUACCGCCAAGGAGAGGAAGAACAUGCCCGAUGCGAGAAGGACAACAGGCGAGUGA